AUGACUCGUUCGUCUCCAGCCUUCUUCGCCCGCUAUACGUGCCACGACGACCGGCAAAUGAUUCGAGGAAAGGAGGUUCUCCCUCCUCCCGUUGUCACCAGAACUGGGCAGAAAAAGCCUCCUCCACCUCCUCCAUCCAAGGGAAGCAAAGCAAUCUCAGCAGGCCCUCCCUUGCCACCGAGAAAGAACCCAGAAGUCUCUUCACCAGUUCCGCCAGCGCUACCUCCUCGAACACCGUCAGACUACAGCCGGACUUCUAGUGAGUUUACGCCCUCGAGCGCAUCUGUAUCUUCCAGUUCCUCGGGGCCAGAGACCAAACCUGAUGUCUACCGCCUUUGUGCCCCAGCUUGGGGUCAGACUGAAUUACCUUGCAUCACACCGUGGAACAGAAAUGCCAGAGAUAAGGAUACCAGCACCGAGAGGCAGAAGGAAGAGAUACAGCGCAAAGCAGAUUUCGAUAGUCAAAAUGCGAGCGGAAAGAUAGCAGCAUUACGGGAUCGAUUGGCUGGCCAUAAAAUCAUUUCUCCUGCUACGGCACCGCCGCCAAAGGCUGCGAAACCGAAACUCCCUCCUCGCAUGAAUUCUACACCUAUCCUCCAGGCAUAUCAACAUCAGCCCCACCAGCACAACCAACCCCAGCUAGAGAGAGUCGAAUCGGCGCCUCCUACACAGAGGAAACUGCCCCCUCCUCCGCCGCGAGGGGUCAACCUCGAAACAAUCAAGCGCGGGUCAUUUUCAACGCUGAAUAAAAGCGCCAAUGGCACAAUGAAAUGCAAUACCAAACAACAAUUGGAACCCUCAGUGGAUGCUAAAAUAAUAUCUCGUCUUCCUCCUCCUAUACCUCUUGCAUCCCGCCCUAAACUACCUCUAGUACCUACCAGCUCUAAGCCUCAUGCCACUACAACGCUCUGUAUUAAUGCAGAGAACCUGGCGAUUUCGUCAACUGUGUGCCUCAAGUGUCGCGAUUUUUCCGCUCCUGAUGCUCACGCCGCUAGGUUUCCUCGUCAAUCCCUCCCAUCGCACGAUUUAGCCUGGUUAUCAUCUCAGCUCACCUCUCCGUUUCCGUCGCUCACAGAUAAAGCACGCGUGAUCUUUACGUGGCUCCAUCACAACGUACGCUAUGAUGUCGAAAGCUUCUUUCAAGGCAGAAACAUGCCACAAUCGCCAGAAUAUGUAUUUACCCACGGCCUUGCCGUCUGUGCCGGAUUUGCAUCCCUAUUCGAAAUCUUAGCAAAAAAUGCCGGCCUAGAGGCUAAGGUGCUGAGCGGCCACGGCUCAGGCUUUGGUCACAAACCGCUUGCCCCUGGAGCGCCAUUACCUCCGUAUGAGGGUAACCAUGCAUGGAAUGUAGUGCGCAUUGACAAUGGACAAUGGAAGCUGAUUGAUAGCUGCUGGGGUGCUGGCCACAUAAAGGGCAGAAACCUACCCUAUGUCCAAGAAUUUUCACCCAAACACUUUACCAUGUCGAACGACGAGUUCGGCCUUGACCAUUAUCCUAACAAUAAGUCCGACUUUUACCGUGAAGACGGACGCACCGAUAUCACAUGGGAAGAGUAUAUCGGAGGCGGCCUCAGAGCUCAAUUGAACAUACCUUCUGAUCCACCCACUCUUUUCACAGCAGCUACCGAAAACCAUGGUAUUGGGGAGUCUACCCUCCAGCCAAGGCUAAAGCCCAUCUCCAUCAGGGAGGUUUCUGGGCGCCCUGUGCACUUCCAAUUCGCACUCAUUUGCGAGCAUUGGUCUAUCAUCAAACAUGGCAAUAAGUGUGCGGCGGCUUUCUUCAUACUAGGUACACAUGGGCUCGAUGGCAGAGAGGACAAGUUCGUCCCAUUCAACCAUGUUCGGGGUACUAACCCGGGUGGAGGUGGUGACUACUGGUAUCUGGAUAUCCCUGAUGGUAGGACCUUAGGUUGCGCUGGUCAGAAACUGAUGGUAUACGAAUUAACUAGCUUCGGAAACCGGUCCAAUGUGCGCGGUAUGACGAUGGGAGAAUAUGAGCAAGGAGUCGGUAGAGUCGCGAUGGGCUUCAAUGGAGUUGCUGAAUGGAGUCUUGUUUAG